UUGUUUAUCAUUUUCAGAAAUUUUGAUUUCAGAUCUUUGUGAGAUUAUAUGAAAUUUUACCUUUUAACUUAAUUUUUUUAAUUUUAUUUUUGUUGUAAAAAAAUAAUUGACAUAAAGUAAGAAUGGAAACAUUAAAGAGAACUACGAGGAUACUUACAUGAAAAAGGUUUGAAUAUCUAUAUAAUUUGUUUUAAAAUUGGUUAUUUUUUAACCCGAGAAAACUUUAAAUAAAUUUAUCACCAUAUUAAUCAUAGAAAUGGAUCGAUGGUUAUUUUUAAGAAAUGAUGGUAAUAAUACAAAAUAAGAAUAAGAUUAUUUAUCCAAUUUUACGUGAGAUUAGGAAAAUUAUAUCUUAAUUCUGAUAGGAUUAAGAUAGACUCAUGGAUCAAAUCUGAUUAUUAACUUCUCCACUACUAAUCAAUUCUCUUGGAAUAUCUAAUCUUUGUAAUUACUGAGACGCUAAACUAAUUCAUAUUCCAAAACACAACAUUUGGCGGGAACCAACGUUCAGUACUCUCAAGCUAAUCUAUAACAUUAAUGGCGGGUGCUUCAAACAAGAUUUCUUCACCUUCAUCAACUUUACCCUUCAAAUCCAACAAAAAUGUGAGCUCCAACUCCACAUCAUUGCUUAAGGAUCCGCAGUCUUUGAGCUCCAAGACGCCGGAGAAGCCGGCGGAGCGAACUAGGAAACGGAAGAAGGUUGCGCUUUCCAUUGAAGAGGUUGAACGAGCUGCUCAGAGCGUCCAUGAAUCUAAUAGUCAGUUGCUGCCUCAUGAUCUGACCACUGAAGGGAGUAAAGUAGUUAGAAGACGGAUGGAUUCGCGGUCGAAUGAAAGUCAAUCUAGUAGCUCCGAUAGUACUUGUGUUGAUAAUAAGUACUCCAAUAAAUUGCCUGAGAAAUUUGAGCUGCUGUGUAAGUUCUUUGAUUGCUUGAAUUUUGCAAUGCGGUUGUUACGAUGUAAAGGUGUAGCCUCCAACUUCUCCCACGUUUGCUCUAAGAUUGAAGUCCUCACUGAUAGGAGGUUUUCAUACAGUCAUUUGGCUCAACUGAAGUUUAUUUUACCUGAAGCAAUUGUGGUUAAGAAAGUUGCGGUCUUUGAUGAGUGUACCAACUGGAAGAAGCCAGAACUUCAUAUAUCUUUCAAUUUUGGUGUCCUAGCUGUAGACAGUAAGGAAAACCAUUAUACGCAAUUGAGGAAGUUGUUUAGGAUACAGCUUUCAGAAUUUAUUGAUGACGUUCCAGCAUUCAAUUUCAGAACCCAAGAUCUUCUCUCAAAAACCAAGACGUUAUCUUAUGUCAAGACAUCAAUUGAGCAACUAGCGCCUGGGCAACCAAUGCCAUCAGCAAAAGGCAUUUCCUCUAAUCAUAAUUCAGAAGAAAAUCAAGGUUUCCCAAUAAUUAAAUCUACCAUGACUGGUCAUGGCCCAAAUAAAUAGAAGGAAUUAUUAGGGUCAUCUCAUUUUUCACCAUAUGUUAGCCAGCUUUUGUCUCAAAAAGUUGUUGACAGAGAAAUGGCAAAUAUUGACGCUGAAACUUCUGAUGAGUCUUCAACUAAACCUUCCUCCCCAAUUCCCACAACUCGCAGUACUAUGGUAGGAAGAGUAAACAUGAGGAAAGAAGAUGGUCAAUCUGCGAAAGGUAAUGAUAUUGAUUCAACUCCUACAAUGUUUGUUUCAACCCCGGAUCGGCUGAUGCCUAGCACACCUGCAAUGGAAACAUCACUUGAGUUCUACUGUUGAACAUCGAACACUCGAAAAAUCAAUUUGAAUGACAAAAAUCGAACGAUCCAAUUUUUAGUAGUC